CCGCUGAGUGACCCCGACCAGCCUUGCUGUCAUCGGAGUGUGAGCAGGUCUGAGAUCCCGGUCCCGGUCCCUGUUCCCGGUCUAGUCCCGGUUCCAGCCCCGGUAUCUGGUUCUUCUCCUGUCCCAGGACCCCUGGUCCCCCCCGGAGGAAACCCCGCACCCCCCAGGACCCCGGACUGCGCAGGCGCAGCAGCAGCAGCCAUGACGCAGGCCGGUCGGAGGAUUUGAGUGCGAUGUCUCUGGUCUUCUCUCGCGCCAACGCCGCCCCGUUAACCUGCAAGAAGGAGAAGAGGAUGAUGGCGGAGGUGAAGGCGUCGCCGCUCAAGCACUUCGUCACGGCGAAGAAGAAGAUCAACGGCAUCUUCGAGCAGCUGGGCGCCUACAUCCGGGAGAGCGCCGCCUUCCUGGAAGAUACGUACAGGAACGAGCAGCUGGACCCGGUCACCACGGAGGAGCAGGUCCAGGACGUGCAGGGCUACCUGGCCAAGGUGGGAGGAAUCGGAGAAGUUCUGGCCCGCCGACACAUGAAGGUGGUCUUCUUCGGGAGGACCAGUAACGGUAAGAGCUCCGUGAUCAACGCCAUGCUGUGUGACAAAGUCCUGCCGUCGGGGAUCGGACACACCACCAACUGCUUCCUGAGGGUGGAGGGAACCGACGGCAACGACGCCUUCCUGCUCACCGAGGGCUCGGAGGAGAGGAAGAGCAUCAAGACGGUGAACCAGCUGGCCCACGCCCUCCACCAGGACCAGGACCUGGACGCCGGCAGUCUGGUCUGCAUCAUGUGGCCUAAAGUCAAGUGUGCUCUCCUGAGGGACGACCUGGUGCUGGUGGACAGCCCGGGCAUCGACGUCACCACGGAGCUGGACAGCUGGAUCGACAAGUUCUGCCUGGACGCUGACGUGUUUGUGCUGGUGGCCAAUUCUGAGUCCACGCUGAUGCAGACGGAGAAGUCGUUCUUCCACAAGGUGAACGAGCGUCUGUCCAGCCCCAACAUCUUCAUCCUGAACAACCGCUGGGACGCCUCGGCCUCGGAGCCCGAGUACAUGGAGGAGGUGCGGAGGCAGCACAUGGACCGCUGCACCAACUUCCUGGUGGAGGAGCUGGGGGUGGUGGACCGAGCCCAGGCCGGAGACCGGAUCUUCUUCGUCUCCGCUAAGGAAGUCCUGCAGGCCCGGGUGCAGCGGGCGCAGGGCAUGCCGGAAGCAGGGGGAGCUCUGGCCGAGGGGUUCCAGGCCCGGAUGUUUGAGUUCCAGAACUUUGAGAGGAGGUUUGAGGAAUGCAUCUCCCAGUCGGCCGUCAAGACCAAGUUUGAGACUCACACCGUCCGGGCCAAGCAGAUCUCGGAGGCGCUGCGUCGCAUCAUGGACUCGGUGCACAUCGCCGCCCAGGAGCAGAGAGUGUACUGUCUGGAGACCAAGGAGGACCGUCAGGACCGGCUGGAGUUCAUCGACAAACAGCUGGACCUGCUGACGCUGGACUGCAAGGCCAAGAUCAAGAAGAUCACGGAGGAGGUGGAGAGACAGGUGUCCAACACCAUGGCCGAGGAGAUCCGGAAGCUCCACGUCCUGGUGGACGACUUCCACCUGGACUUCCACCCGGCACCGGUGGUGCUGAAGGUUUACAAGAACGAGCUGCACCGCCACAUUGAGGAAGGUCUGGGGAAGAACGUGUCAGAGAGAUGCUCGUCCUCCAUCACCGGGGCCCUGCAGGCCACGCAGACCGACAUGAUCGACGGCCUGAAGCCUCUGCUGCCCGGCUCGGUCCGAGAACAGGUGGAUAAGAUGUUUCCCCGCCAGUGCUUCAGCCUCAACUACGACCUGGCCUGUGACAAGCUCUGCAGCGACUUCCAGGAAGACAUCGGCUUCCACUUCUCCCUGGGCUGGACCAUGCUGGUCAACCGCUUCCUGGGGCCCAAGAACACCCGCCGGGCCCUGAUGGGCUACAGUGACCAGGUUCCCCGGCCGAUGGCCCUCACUCCCGUCAGCACCAGCAUGCCUCCCUUCCCUCAGGGAGCCGUCACUCAGGAGGAGCUGAUGGUUUCCAUGGUGACGGGACUGGCAUCCCUGACGUCCCGCACCUCCAUGGGAGUCCUGGUGGUCGGUGGUGUGAUCUGGAAGGCGGUGGGCUGGCGGCUCAUCGCCCUGUCGGUCGGCCUCUACGGCCUCCUGUACGUGUACGAGCGUCUCACCUGGACCACCAGGGCCAAGGAACGAGCCUUCAAACGGCAGUUUGUGGACUACGCUAGUGAGAAGUUGCAGCUCAUCGUCAGCUACACCGGAUCCAACUGCAGCCACCAAGUCCAGCAGGAGCUGGCCGGGGUGUUCGCUCAGCUCUGCCAGCAGGUGGACGUGACCCGGCAGAACCUGGAGGACGAGAUCAACCACAUGAACAGCAAGAUCGAGGUUCUGGACAACCUGCAGAGUAAAGCUAAGCUGCUCAGGAACAAAGCCGGCUGGCUGGACAGCGAGCUCAACAUGUUCACCCAGCAGUACCUGCAGCACAGCAAGUGACCGGGGGGGGGG